UUAUUCUAUUUUAGUAUAAUAUUAUUUCGGCAAUUAUUCAAACAUUUAUAUGUUAAAUUAAUUUGUAAAUAUUAUUUUUUUCUAAUUGUUAAUUUAAUUAAAUCAUUCAAUAAAUCCUCUUUGGGAGCCUGAAUAUCGAAUUUCUAAUACCGUACUUUACCAGCUGCCUAAUCGGCUAAUGUUCCUGAAAAGUUUUUAUUAUCUUCAUUACAAGUCUUCUAGAUUUGGCCUACACUAAAUAAUUUUUCCUGUUUCUGAUAUUUAGUUAUAAGCCUCUUCUUUUAGAUGACAGGCUACGGAGGGGAUCGACCAUUAUGAAGACGUCCAAAAAGAAACAUUCAAUAUGUAUGAUAUCUGAUUUCUUUUUUCCGAAUAUGGGUGGUGUUGAAAGCCAUAUAUAUCAAUUAUCACAGUGUCUGCUAGACCUGGGUCAUAAAGUUAUUGUUGUAACUCAUAUGUACGGCAAAAAAAGAAGAGGUAUUCGUUAUUUAUCCAAUGGCUUAAAGGUUUAUUAUUUACCGUUUCCACCAUUUUAUAAUCAGUGUAUUUUACCCACUAUGUAUGUUACGUUUCCAUUGUUACGAAAUAUAUAUAUUAGGGAAGAAAUCACCAUUGUACACGGACAUUCGUCUUUUUCCACAUUAGCCCAUGAAGGAAUGCUACAUGCUAGAACAAUGGGGAUACCUACAGUCUUUACAGAUCAUUCCUUAUUUGGAUUUGCAGAUGCAAGUUCUAUUGUGACCAAUGAGAUUCUACGUUUCUCUUUGGGUGAUUGUACCCACGUUAUCUGUGUUUCUCAUACAAGUAAGGAGAAUACCGUUUUACGUGCACAGAUUAAACCAGACAAUGUUUCGGUGAUACCAAAUGCUGUUGAUGCUACCAUGUUUACACCAGAUCCUAGUCAACGUAAUCCAAAUAAAAUAACAAUUGUUUUAGUGAGUCGGUUAGUGUACAGGAAAGGUAUAGACUUAUUAGCUGGUAUUAUUCCAAAAAUAACCCAAAAAUACCCAGAUGUGCAAUUUUUGAUAGGAGGAUCAGGGCCUAAAGAAUUAAUUUUAGAGGAGGUAAGAGAACAAUAUCAACUCCAUGAUCGAGUCCAGUUACAAGGUGCUCUAGAACACAGUCAAGUUAGAGAUGUGUUAGUACAAGGAGAUAUAUUAUUAAAUACAUCAUUAACAGAAGCAUUCUGUAUAGCUAUUGUGGAAGCUGCUUGUUGUGGGUUAAAAGUAGUUAGUACUAAUGCUGGUGGUUUAUAUUUAUAUAGGUUAAAGCAUUAG